GUAUUUUGUAUAUAAUUGUGUGUUCUCCUUUUACUGGUAACACCCCCUGUAUUAGCUUUAGCUUCAACAUCUGAAAUCAUACACUCCAGUUCCAGUUCCAGACACCUCAGAGUGAAUCAGCACAGGUUGGAUUAUUGUCUUCUUCAGUAUGAACAACAGCAGUGACUCUGGGAUCUGCCUGCCCUCUGCUGAGCACAUGUCCAUCCCUGUGCUCAUGUGCCUGGUCUUCUUCAUGGGUUUCCUCCUUAACAUGUGAAACCAUUCAAUACUGACAGUUCCAGUUUGACACCUCAGAGCAAAUCAACACAAGUUGGAUUAUUGUCUCUGUCAAUAUGAACAACAGCAGUGACUCUGGGAUCUGCCUGCCCUCUCCUCAGCCCAUGUCCAUCCCUGUGCUCAUGUGCCUGGUCUUCUUCAUGGGUUUCCUCCUUAACAUCUUCAGUCUGUGGGUCUUCUGCUGCCGUAUGUCGUCAUGGAGCGCUGGGACCAUCCUCCAGUUCUGCCUGGCUCUGAGCGACGCCCUGGGUGCUCCUGUCACUCCACUCAUAGCUGUUUACUUUGCCAUGGGGAAUGACUGGCCCUUUGGAAAGAUGCUGUGCACUGUCACUAUUGUAUUUGUGAGCUCUCAGUUCUACGGCAGCACUAUUUUCCUCACUCUGAUCAGCUUUCACAGGUAUAAAGCCGUGGUGCACUUCAACAAGAGCUCCAGAAUGAAAGACAAAAGCUUCAUCAAGAAGCUGUGUGCUGGAGUGUGGCUCUUCCUGAUAGCACACUCUCUGGUUUAUGGAUUUGGUGUUCCUGCCACUAAAGUAGGAAACGUCACACAAUGUCACAGCUUCAGCCAGGUGUCUCUGACCAACUCUUUCUUCAUCAUCGGUUGUGUUCUUGUCUCAGUUGGCUUCCUGCUUCCUUUCAGUAUCUCUACAACGUGUUAUUUCCGAGUCAAAAACGCUCUCACUUGUCUAAACAACAUCACAGCCAAAAGUCUCAAAGUCAAACUCAAAUCCCAGAGAAUGAUCCGAAUGUGCCUCAUCAUAUUUGCCAUCUGCUUUCUGCCUAUGAACGUUAUCCGCACUACAGCAAUUUUUAUGAUGAAGUUCUAUCCUGAACAUUGCCACACGCUUCAUCAGUUACAGACUGCGUAUUAUGCCUCAUGGAUUAUAGCUGGACUGAACUGCUUCCUGGACCCUCUGCUCUACUGUUUUGGGUCACAGAACUUUAGAGAUGCAUUUCCUUCUUUCCACAUUAAGCCACCAGAGCCUCAGCAAAGUGAUACAGAAAUGACACCAAAUGCAGAAACAAAAUAACUGCAGUGUGAGACAUUCCUGUACCUCAUUGUGUUAACAUUGCAUAUUUUUUCUUAUUACUGAAUUGGAAGUGCACUUUGUUAUUUUUCUGGUGGAAUGUCUGUUGCAUGCUUGUCUCCAAGGAGAUGUUUCUCUGAAAGGUUUCACAGUAUGACCGCCAAGCCGUGUUACAACAUACAAGUCAGAUCUAUGGAAAGGUAAUCUUUGUCUUUUAAGGUUUUGGAUCAUAAAGAAAAACAGUAACUAAUGCAAGAUCGGUUUAAUGCUAUACUUUGGAACAUUCCAGGCAAAGCAAUAACCUGUUCAUGAAGACAAGCAAGUGGUU